CAACAACAACGAUGACUACUUCUUCCACCACCUGGGUAGCUUGCUAGCAAACAUUAAACCGAAACGUUGAAGCUCUUUACACCAACGUUGUGCUUAUUAAGUGUUUUCAAUUCACUGUUGUCAUCGUUACUAAUUACUCCAUUUACCUAUUUACGUUGUCUACUACCUGGCUUGUUAUGUUAGUUUAACUCUAGGCUAGUCGUUAAUGCUAACUAGCUAGGUAACAUCCCCGACCAUGAGCUCGCUAAGCUGCUCGCUAAGCUCCUCCCCUCCUGCUAAAGAAGAUGAGGUCUGCUGGACGGAGAUAGAAACUCUGGGGCUGAAUGUUGUCGUAAAAGAAGAAGAGGAGGAUGAUGAAGAGGAUGCAGUUUUUGGAGUGAAAGAGGGGAAGGAGGAAGAGGCUUUCAGAAUAAUAAAGGAGGAAGAGGAGGCUAUCACAUUGAAAGAAGAAGAGAAGGAUGUAAUAGUGAAAGGAUAGGAGGCCAUCUCAAUAAAUGAGAAGGAAGCCGUUUUGGGAGUGAAAGGGGAGGAGGAGGGAGAGGAGCAGGAGACUGAUGAUCUGAUUAACACCAGUCAUUUUGCAGGGCGCUGGCAGUGCACCUCCUUGCACAAAGGCGGAGGUAGCGGUCCUGCUGCUGGGUUGUUUCACUCCUACGGCCUCCUCCACGUCUCCUGAUGUACUGGCCUGUCUCCUGGUAGCGCCUCCAUGCUCUGGACACUACCCUGACAGACACAGCAAACCUUUUUGCCACAGCUCGCAUUGAUGUGCCAUCCUGGAUGAACUGCACUACCUGAGACACUUGUGUGGGUUGUAGACUCCGUCUCAUGCUACCACUAGAGUGAAAGCACCGCCAGCAUUCAAAAGUGACCAAAACAUCAGCCAGGAAGCAUAGGAACUGAUAAGUGGUCUGUGAUCACCACCUGCAGAAUCACUCCUUUUUUGGGGUGUCUUGCUAAUUGCCUAUAAUUUCCACCUUUUGUCUAUUCCAUUUGCACAACAGCAUGUGAAAUUUAUUGUCAAUCGGUGUUGCUUCCUAAGUGGACAGUUUGAUUUCACAGAAGUGUGAUUGACUUGGAGUUACAUUGUGUUGUUUAAGUGUUCCCUUUAUUUUUUUGAGCAGUGUAUUUAUCCUAUACUGACUAGUUUAUUUAUCCAUUAGGUCUAAUACAUGUAUCCUAUACUGACUAGUAUAUUUAUCCAUUAGGUCUAAUACAUGUAUCCUAUACUGACUAGUAUAUUUAUCCAUUAGGUCUAAUACAUGUAUCCUAUGGUGACUAGUCUAUUUAUCCAUUAGGUCUAAUACAUGUAUCCUAUACUGACCAGUCUAUUUAUCCAUUAGGUCUAAUACAUGUAUCCUAUACUGACUAGUCUAUUUAUCCAUUAGGUCUAAUACAUGUAUCCUAUACUGACUAGUCUAUUUACCCAUUAGGGCAAUGCAUAACACCACUAAGUUAACCGUGUUAAUAUUAGCCUACAAAGCACCACAGCCACUCUGUGAUGAUGCGCUCUGCUCUUUUAUUGGGGGAUCUAGUCUAGAUUAAACCUCAUUGGAAGACAGUUUUGUCAUUUGGAGGUUUCAUUCAGGUCUCUCUGUUUAACCAAAUACUAUCUUUAGCAGGAGAGAGACCAGAUUCUAACUCUGACAGCGGGAGGAGUCCCUCAGUGGAACCAGACUCAGAGAUGCCCAAACCAGCAAGACGACACCCCUGCUCCCACUGUGGAAAGAGUUUUACUACAUUAGAAUACCUGAAAGUACACAGAAGAAUAAUACGCUUUGGAGAAAAGCCAUACCACUGUUCAGACUGUGGUAAGGAAUUUAGCCGGUUAGAUGGCCUGAAACAACAUGAGAGAAUACACUCUGGAGAGAGGCCUCACCACUGCUCUCAGUGUGGAAAUAGUUUUUGCUGGUUAGGGAGCCUGAAAAUACAUGAGAAAACACAUACAGGGGAGAAGCCUUACCACUGCGCUCAGUGUGGAAAGAGAUUUUCCCAGUUAGGGCAUCUAAAAGGGCAUAAGAGAACGCACACUGGAGAGAGGCCUUACCACUGCUCCCAGUGUGGGAAGAGAUUUACCCAGUUAGGCAACCUAAAAAAUCAUGAGCUAAUACACUCUGUAUAUAAGCCUUAUCACUGCUCCCAGUGUGAAAAUAAAUUUUUCUCAUCAGAUUCUCUGAGAAAACACGAGAUAACACACUCUGAUGAGAAACCUUUCCAUUGUUCCCAGUGUGGCAAUAAUUAUUUUACAUUAGGGUCCCUGAAGGAACAUGAGCGAACACACACAGCAGAGAAACCCUACCAUUGCUCUAAGUGUGUAAAGACUUUUUCCUCAUCAAAAUACCUUAAAGAACAUAAAAGAAUACACUCUGGAGUGAAACCUUACCACUGCCCCCAGUGUGAAAAAAGUUUUGCCCGACCGAGGGACCUGAAAUAUCAUGAGAGGACACACACAGGAGAGAAGCCUUACCACUGCUCUCAGUGUGGAAAGACAUUUUUUUUAUCGGGACACCUGAAAAGACAUGAGCUAACACACUCUGUUGAGAAGCCUUUCCACUGCUUCCAGUGUGGGAAGGAUUUCACCCAGUCAAGAUACCUGAAAAAACAUGAGCUAAUACACUCUGUGCAGAAGCCUUUCCACUGCUCUCAAUGUGAAAAGAGUUUUAAGAAUUUAUGGAACAUGAAAGUGCACGAGCAAAGACACACAAAGGAGAAGCCUUCUACUGUUCCCACUGUGGAAUGAAAUGUUCAUGGUUUCAUCAACUGAAAGAGCAUGAAUGAAUCCUCACUCCGGAGAUAAACGUCCGAAGCCAUUAUUUAUACUGUGUAAUUUAAUCCUUUUUACAUUUGUGUACCUUUUACCAUCCAUAUCAAUUCUUACCUGUCUAUGCAUACAGGAAACCAUUAUUUCCCCACUCAUCAAAAAGGAACUGUGUGACAGAACCUGGAUGUUCUUUAAAAGAAGUGGUCAUUUUUAUAAUGUUGGGACAUUGUUUGAAGCCAUAUCACAUGGACUUAACGUUUAUCAAGUGCUCCCUGUUGGCUGAUAUCUUUGACUGAGAACACACACAAUGCUCCCAUUGGCUGAUAUCUUUGACUGAGAACACACACAAUGCUCCCAUUGGCUGAUAUCUUUGACUGAGAACACACCCAAUGCUCCCAUUGGCUGAUAUCUUUGACUGAGAACACACCCAAUGCUCCCAUUGGCUGAUAUCUUUGACUGAGAACACACCCAAUGCUCCCAUUGGCUGAUAUCUUUGACUGAGAACACACCCAAUGCUCCCAUUGGCUGAUAUCUUUGACUGAGAACGGGUUUAUGUUUAUGCCACAUUAAUAAAAUAAAGAUCUUUAUAAAAGCU